AUGGCGGCGGCAGCAGCGGCAGCGGCGCGGUGCCUGCGGGGCGUCCGGCGCCUCCUGCCCGCGGGCGCCCGGCGGGAGAGCUGCGAGCUGGCCCGGCUGGCGGGGCCGGUGUUUGUUGCCCAACUGCUGGGGCUCCUGAUCAGUGUGGUCAGCUCCAUCUUCUGUGGUCACCUGGGGAAAGCUGAGCUGGAUGCUGUGACGCUGGCAGUGUCUGUUAUCAAUGUGACAGGCAUCUCCAUCGGGUCUGGUUUAGCCUCAGCAUGCGAUACGCUGAUGUCUCAGACGUACGGUGGCAAGAACCUGAAGCAGGUGGGCACCAUCCUGCAGCGGGCAAUCCUCAUCCUGCUGCUGUGCUGCUUCCCUUGCUGGGCCCUCUUCGUCAACACCGAGCAGAUCCUCCUGCUCAUCCAUCAAGACCCCGAGGUCUCCAGGCUAACUCAAGUCUACGUGAUGAUCUUUAUUCCAGCUCUUCCUGCAGCAUUCCUGUACCAGCUGCAGACAAGAUAUUUACUAAGUCAGGCGAUCAUUUUGCCUCAGGUGUUGACAGGGAUUGCAGCCAACAUCCUCAAUGUGGCCAUGAACGCCUUCUUCCUUCAUGCACUGAAGCUGGGCAUGGUGGGCUCUGCCUGGGCUAACACAGUUUCUCAGUACACCCAGGCCAUCCUCCUCUUCCUUUACGUGUGGUGGAAGAAGAUCCAUGUGGAGACCUGGGGAGGUUGGACCAGGGACUGCCUCCUGGACUGGGGCUCAUUUAUCCAUCUGGCAGUUCCUGGCAUGCUCAUGAUGUGUAUUGAAUGGUGGACUUUUGAGAUUGGGAGCUUCUUGGCAGGGCUGCUCAGUGUGGUGGAGCUGGGUGCACAGUCUGUCAUCUAUGAGCUGUCCUCUGCAGCAUACAUGGUGCCUCUGGGCUUCAGUGUGGCUGCAAGUGUCAGAGUGGGCAAUGCCUUGGGAUCUGGGGAUGCUGUGCAAGCCAAGACCUCCUGCAUCACCGCACUGCUGUGUGCAGAAGUUUUUGCUGUGGUGGUUGCAGUGUUGCUAGGAACCCUAAAGGACGUGGUGGGAUACAUCUUCACCAGUGACAGGGAAAUCGUUGUCUUGGUGUCCAAAGUCAUGGUCAUCUUUGCUCCGUUCCACUUGUUUGACGCGACAGCAGCGACCUGUGGCGGGGUGCUGCGGGGCACCGGCAAGCAGAAGGUCGGUGCCAUCGCCAACGCCGUCGGCUACUAUGGCAUCGGCCUGCCCAUCGGCCUCUCCCUGAUGUUUGCAGCUAAGAUGGGGGUCUUAGGUCUCUGGGUGGGGAUGAUUGUUUGUAUCUCUUUGCAAGCCCUUUCCUUCUUCGCUUUUGUCAUGCGCAUGGACUGGAAGAAAGCUGCAGAAGAGGCUCAGGUCCGAGCUGGACUGAAAAAACAACUGGAAGAUGUGAACUCCAGUGGCCCAGCUUCUAACAAAGCAUCUGCUGUGGAUUACGUCUCCGUGGACACAGACACUGUGGACACUGUGGUCCUGCCUGAGAGCAUGGUGGGAGGCGAGAGGCAACCUGACCAGCAGCUCAUCACACAAGAGGAGCUGGUUGUCAUCCCUGCUCCUCCUGCUGUGGUGUGGAAGGCUGUGCUCAUCCGUCGAGUGCUGGCUGCUGCUGCUGCCGUGGCUGUCCUGCUGGUGGGCGUGCUGGUGCGGCUGCUGACUGGCAAUGGCUAG